GAAGGCGCCUGUGUCUGGCAGAGCCGGUGUGAGAAGAGCCAAUCCUACCCGGCUGCUGGGAUAAUCAAGAGUUUUGGCAGGACCUUUGGAGUACACGUCGAGAUAGUUUGGAACCCGGCGAAAAGCACAGACUAUGGCGCUGAAGCGGAUUAAUAAGGAACGUAGUGAUUUGGCCCAUGACCCUCCGGCACAAUGUUCUGCAGGUCCAGUUGGAGAUGACAUGUUUCACUGGCAAGCCACAAUUAUGGGACCUAAUGACAGCCCAUAUCAAGGUGGUGUAUUCUUUUUGACAAUUCCUUUUCCUACAGACUAUCCCUUCAAACCACCUAAGGUUGCAUUUACAACAACAAUUUAUCAUCCACAUAUUAACAGUAAUGGCAGCAUUUGUCUUGAUAUUCUACGAUCACAGUGGUCUCCUGCUUUAACUAUUUCUAAAGUUCUUUUAUCCAUUUGUUCACUGCUAUGUGAUCCAAAUCCAGAUGACCCCCUAGUGCCAGAGAUUGCACGGAUCUAUAAAACAGACAAAGAUAAGUGCAACAGACUAUCUCGGGAACAGACUCAGAAGUAUGCCAUGUGAUGCUACCUUAAAGUCAGAAUAACCUGCAUUAUGGCUGGAAUAAACCUUAAAUUACUGUUCCUUUUUUGAUUUUCUUAUCCGGCUGCUCCCCUCUCAGACCUCAUCUUUUUAAUUUUAUUUUUUGUUUACCUCCCUGCAUUCAUGCGCAUGCUCAUCUAAGAAGACUUUAAGUUCUUCCAGCUUUGGACAAUAACUGCUUUCAGAAACUGUAAAGUAGUUACAAGAGAACAGUUGCCCAAGAUUCAGAAAAUUUUUAAAAACUGGAGCAUGUGUAUUAUGUGGCCAAUGUCUUCGCUCUAAGUUGGUUAUGAGACUAAACCAAUCCUCACUGCUCUAACACGCUGAAGAAGCCAUCUGAGCAGGAGGGAAGUGGAUGCUCAGCGGUCACAUGAGAGGAAGCAGCAUUAUUCUAGCAGCAUCCAUUCUUGUUUAAGCCUUCCACUGUUAGAGAUUUGAGGUUACGUGAUAUACUUUAUGCUCAUAACUGAUGUGGCUGGAGAAAUGGUAUUAAUUAUAGCAUCAGCAGAACAGAAAAUGUGAUGUAUUUUAUGCAUGUCAAUAAAGGAAUGACCUGUUCUUGUUCUAUAGAGAAUGGAAAUUGGAAGUCAAACACCCUUUGUAUUCCAAAAUAGGGUCUCAAAACAUUUUGUAAUUUUCGUUUAAAUUGUUAGGAAGCUUGGAGCUAUUAGUUAAUCUAUCUUCCAAUGCUGUUUAAUAUAGCACUGAAUAAAUGAUGCGAGUUGUCAAUGGAUGAGUGAUCAGCUAAUAGCUCUACUAGUAAUUGAUUUAUUUUUCUUCAAUAAAGUUGCAUAAACCAAAUUAA